AAAAAACAACCCCCUUAAAUAUCGAAAUUGAUCAAUUAACCUCCUCCAUUCAAUUCUCAUUUCUCAACCAUCUCCUUUUCUCACCAACUGUUUACCUUUCAGUUUCUGCAAUUCCCCAUUAUUGAAACUUCUUCUAUUGAUCUAAUGGCGUUGGAACAAAAUUUUGUUGGUGAAGAUAUGUGCAGUUUUGUAUCUGACGAAGAUGUUUCCCUUAAGAAGGGGAGUGCAGUUCCAGUUCCUGCAUCAAGUUCCGACAGUAUAACCGGAGGUUAUGAUUGCAAUAUUUGUCUCGACUCAGCACAUGAUCCUGUUGUCACACUCUGCGGUCACCUCUACUGCUGGCCUUGCAUUUACAAGUGGCUCCAGGUCGAGAGUUCUACUCCGAGAUCAGAAGAGAAAAGUAAAUGUCCAGUCUGUAAGGCUCACAUCUCAAACACAUCGCUGGUACCUCUCUAUGCCCGCGGAACAUCAUCCACAGAAUCUGAAUCCAAGAAGUCUCAGCUGGACGUUGUUGUACCACGGAGGCCUCAAGCCAUUGAGAUAGCAACUCGGGUUAAUUCAUUGUCUCCAUCUUCUCACGUGAGUCAGCAACUUCAUCACAGACGAUCCGUCCCCUCUCCCUUUGGUAGCUAUGCUGCUUUGGGUUCAUCCAGCUUUGGGGGUACUCCAACGAUCAGUUUGUCAAGCCCUACAGUUGGAGUAUUCGGAGAAAUGUUCUUGGCAAGGAUAUUCGGGAACUCAGACGCAAGUUUAUUUGCUUAUCCUCACCCAAGCACCUUCACCAUUCCAGGAAGUGGCAGUUCAAGAAUGAGGCAGGUGGAAAAAUAUCUUAACAGAUUAUCCAUCUUUCUUUUCUGCUGCCUUAUCCUAUGCCUUCUCCUAUUCUGAUCAACUCGGCGGUGUACAGUUGUAAAAAUUCUGCGACCGGUGUAGAUAGUAGAAAUACAUAGGCUUAUAAGAGAUUCAACAACAAAAAAAGCUUAAAACCGCGUAAAGGUUGCUUUUUUACUCUUAUAUACUUUUGCAUUCCCUUCUCUUUCGCGAAGCUUUCUCGCCUUUCAGAAAGUGUAUCUGCUCUGUCUACUUGGAUAGUCUCUUUUAUUAUUGUCCUUUGAGUAGCAUUGUUACUUUGCUUUAUAACAAUGGUUUACUAGGAGCUAGGGGGAACUCUUGUAAGGAACCCAGUGAACCUUUUGCUUUUGUAGCCCAAAUUGUCUUGUGAUAUUUGCAAUGUACUAUGAAGAAUGAACAUGUUACUUUCCUA